AACAUGCCUGGAAAUAUUAUUCCAGAGGUGCUUGAAGUGCCAUCACCAAGCGUGGCUCGCACCCGCCUUUCCAAGCCAUUGGAAUACAGCGGUCUGUUAGAUCCCUACCAGAACUCGGACUUGACUCCUGUGAUUGGCCGCGAAUACAUUGGUCUCCAAGUUGCAGAUGUGCUUGCUGCAAAGGACAGUGAUGCUUUGAUUAGAGAUAUUGCUGUUACUGUCUCUCAACGUGGUGUAGUCUUCUUACGCAAUCAGGAUGUUGCGCCGCAGCAAAUGCAAGCGUUCAUGGAACGUCUGACAACUCUUUCGGGCUGUCUGGGUGACCAGAUCAGUGUCAUCAGCUCCGAGAAGCAGAAGAAGGGUGGCGGUCUGACUCACCAGCUCAGCGAUACCACUCGCUUUGCUAGCGCCGGAUGGCAUUCAGAUAUUACCUUUGAGCCAGUGCCUUCAGAUUAUGCCAUGCUCAAAAUCCACACGCUGCCACAAACCGGUGGCGAUGUAAGCUAUGAAGUCUAUGAUCGCCUCUCACCUGCUUUGGCUCAGUUCCUCGAGGGACUCACAGCAACCCACGAAGCCAAGUUCUUCCAUGAAGAGGCUGCAAGGCUAGGCAAUCCACUUCGCACAACAAUUCGAGGCUCCCCUCUCAAUCAAGGACCAGCAUUAGAGGCCGUGCACCCCAUCAUCCGUACGAACCCAGUAACAGGGUGGAAGAGCGUCUACGUGAACCGUGGCUUCACGCGUCGCAUCAACGGUGUGACCAAAGACGAAUCCGAUGUACUGCUGCAGUAUCUGUUCAACGUCCGUUUCAAGUGGAACAAGAACGAUCUCGCAAUUUGGGACAAUAGAUCUACCUGGCACACAGCAACAUACGAUUAUGAAGCUGCAAGAGCGGGUGAUCGUGUCUGCUCUUUGGGCGAAAAGCCUUUCCUUGAUCCUGCUUCAAGUAGCAGAAGAGACGCGUUGCGCUUUUCGUAG